AUGAUCAGCUAUACCGUCCACGAAGAUGUCAAUAUCAUCGACAAAAAACUCCAAGAUAUUGCCACACUGUUUUCGGAGAACUACGGUAUCUGGAGUUCUGCUGCUCAAGGCAAGAGCAAAGGUCAACGAAUACGUUCAAGUCCAACGCGCCUCAGAUCCGACUGCUUACCGGAAGCACCUGCUCGCAGUUUUCUUGUUCAAGCCAAAGACGGGGACCUUCUGCUUGGCCAUGUUCUCGCGACUCGAUGGAUAUUUCAGGGCAUGAAAAUGUGUUGGAUUACUCAGUUGUGUGUUUGCAAGGCGUACAGGAACCAAGGAUUGGCGACAAAGCUUCUGGCCAAGCUGAGCGAAAACAACGAUGAUGAUGGUUUUGGCAUUCUGACCUCGCAUCCUUUUGCAAUAUCGGCAGCUCUUCGCGCCCUCGGCGAUGGUCUUGACCAAACGAAAUUAUGUACCAUUAGUGAUCGGAUUAGAGACAUCAUGGCCUCGUGCCCUGUCAACUACGUCCGGACUGCUGAACUUCGCGGCUCUUUGUUCGAUAGCGAUGUGGACGAUGGCACAGUCUUUUGCGCAGAUACUAAAUUCUUCGUCGACCACGCAGAGCCUGAUACCGCGUUGAAAACAGUGCAGAGCAAGGGCAUCAAGUGGCCUUUUGGGAGACUGCCAGAGGGACAUGAGUUCUUGGCCUUCAUAGAACGUCCAUAG